AUGACAGAGGGUGCGAACGACUCCCUCGCCGCCCUCCUUGAGGAGGUCCCGGAGCCAGACUCUGUGAUCUUCCUCUCGCUGUGCCGGAUGGGAUGCGACGAGAACCUUGGCAGGGCGCUGCGCAAAUUCGAUUGCUUGUCGGUCGGCGUGGAGUUUCGCGCAGGGACCUGGCACCGCGACUGCGUCUCUGCACUCCGCGACAUGAAGCUUCUCAAGGAGAUCACGCUUGAUGCCUGGACCACCAUCACGACUGACGAUCUCGCCUGCCUUAUCACCGGACCGAAGAAGCAUCCUUCACUCGAAACUAUCGACCUGCAGAACAUCCGCGACGUCGGGAGCAACCCUUACGGGACUGAUUCGGAUAGUGACGACGAGUGGGAGCGUUACGACGGGUGGACCGACGACUUCACGCUGAAGGGACUCGCCGACUUGCUUGAGGUUGCGGACAAGGAGGGCGUCAAGUGCGAGGGACUCGCCGUCAAGCUCGCGCGCCAGGAGCUCGCCUGUCGUCGCAGGGCCGCCGCCGCAUCGAAGGCGUCGAGUUAG